CAGACCAGCUGCAGACAUCAUGUCAAAACACUGCGAGAAGCUUCAAUGUCCAUGCCGAACAGCUUCUGGCUGACACUUAUCCAACUUUGCGUGCUUGCAGGCCUAGUACGCCUGGCAUCGAGUCAUGUUGAGUCAAACACAUGCCGAGAAUCAUCCUCGAUAUACUACACUCCAGCAUGUCCAGCGGAUGGACAAAGACACGAGAUCGCACGUGAGCAGCUGCUGAAGUCCAUUGAUCGCAACAUCGGAAAAUGGAACAAGAAGCAUCCGCGAUGGCAGGUCCUGGAGGCACUUGACGGUUAUGACAAGUAUGAGAAGAUUGUUGGUGCAGAAAUCGACAGAUUUGAGCGUCUGUACAAGCAUGUCCCUAAGAAACACAAAAAGAUCCUCGAUUCCGUGGUCAACUAUCAAGCCAACUUCGCACAAGCUCGUACACUCCUCAAAACCAACGCCGAAUUCUGCAAGAAAGUUUUACAGCACUCCCUCUCGUACUACAACAUCUCUCGACAUGAGCUCGCGACUUUCAUUCACGACACCGAUGAUGGGAAAGCCAAGUCCGGAAUCCGAACAACAGUCUCCCAAUCUCUCAAGCACUCCGUACGAGACUGGUCGCCUGAAGGACAAGCCGAACGCGAAGCGACAUUUCUAUACAUACUCGAUGCACUGACAUCACAUCUCCCUCCAAUCUCGUCAGAUGAAAAUGUCAAAUACCAUGUCCUCGUCCCUGGAGCCGGAUUAGGCCGUCUCGCACACGAAAUCAGCCUCCUCGGAGACUACAUGUCUGUCACAUCCAACGAACGGUCUUCGAGCAUGAACAUGGCCUAUCGCUAUCUCAGAUCCCUGCCAGCAAGCCACGGCCCCAUCACUCUUCACCCUUUCCUUGAGAAUUGGUCCCACGCAGAAAGAAGAGAGGAACUUACGCGUCCGGUUUUGAUACAUCCUCCUAUAAUCCCGACUGAGACAUUGCUGGUUGAAGGAGACUUCACCACGAAAUUUGUACACCAGAAUGGACAGUACGAUGCUGUUGCAACACUCUUCUUUAUCGACACUGCUCGGAAUCUCAUCGCAUAUCUCGAGACUAUUCACUCUCUACUCAAACCAGGCGGCAUAUGGGUCAAUGUUGGGCCACUGCUAUAUGGUACUGCACCAUUGGUGCAAUUGAGUUUGGAGGAGGUAGUACUCGUGGCGGAGAGUAUGGGAUUUGAGUUCGAGAUACGAGAGAGUAUUGAGGGGAGAAGCGCACUAGAUGGGAAAGUGGAAGAGAGAGAUGUUUUGUAUAAUUUCAAUCAGAGUACCUUGUAUCGGCAUGGAUAUAUUGCUGCUUGUUGGGUGGCGAGAAAGAAGAAGAUAGAGCACGAGGAGGUCGGAGGGAAGAGGAAAAUUGUUGGAAGUGGUGUGUUUGACAAGUUGAAGGAGAAGUGGUUGUAGAGUGGCGUUGAGGAAGGUCGAUGUAAACCGCUCUACCUUACUACAAUGAGUGCUGUGACCGCGCGAAGUGCGGCGUCGAUGACCAAUUCUUCCUCAUCGUCUUGCGCUCAGCUCCUUCAACCCUUCAUUCCAACUUCCUUCAUGAACUCCCCCA